AUAGGAAUCCGGCUUUACAUAUCUAACAAAUCUUGCUCGAAAUCGCGACCGUCACCCAGAAGAAAAAUAACGUAUGUGCAGCUCGCGAUAAAAAUCCGUGGAAUUUGCGUUAUUGCGCAACAAUUUCGCAAUCCUGACUGUCGAAUAAGACUCGUGCAAAUCGUAUUUUAUUACCGGAAUACGCCCGAAACCGCUUCCGUCGCGCCACGUCGGGAUUAUGAGCUGCAGGGAUCUUAACCUUUAAUGACAGUCCCAUAGAUUCAGGUUGCAUAAAAAGCAUUAAAAUGCAGACGAUAAAGUGUGUUGUGGUGGGUGACGGGGCGGUUGGUAAAACAUGUCUCUUAAUUUCCUACACAACAAAUAAGUUUCCUUCUGAAUAUGUGCCUACUGUUUUUGACAAUUAUGCAGUAACUGUGAUGAUAGGAGGUGAUCCAUAUACAUUAGGAUUAUUUGAUACAGCAGGUCAAGAAGAUUAUGAUAGAUUGCGUCCUUUAAGUUAUCCUCAGACUGAUGUAUUUCUCGUGUGUUUCUCAGUUGUAUCACCAUCAUCAUUCGAAAAUGUAAAAGAAAAGUGGGUGCCUGAAAUAACGCAUCACUGUCAGAGAACUCCAUUUCUACUUGUUGGAACACAAAUUGAUUUGAGAGAUGAUGUCGCAACAACAGAAAAGCUUGCAAAAAAUAAGCAGAAGCCAAUAUCUGGGGAGCAGGGCGAGAAACUUGCCAAGGAGCUUAAGGCUGUAAAAUAUGUAGAGUGCAGUGCUCUAACACAGAAAGGUUUGAAGAAUGUAUUUGACGAAGCUAUUUUGGCUGCAUUGGAACCACCUGAGCCAGUGAAGAAAAGAAAAUGUACGCUUCUGUAAGCCGACAAAGAGUUAUCAUUGAAGGAACGCAUGCCAGACAUCAAAAUAAUGCUACGUAGUACCAGACAACAGUCUUGUAUGUAGUAUAUUGUAUUAAAUAGAACUAAAUUUGCCUCUACUUCGUUACCCGAGGGAAAAACAAGCAAUCGCGUAAGCGCCAGCUACGACAGCGACUGCAAACACAUUCCAUGAGGCGUGCAACAACUCUGAAUUUGUAAGGUCAAAAAAAAUUUUCUAUCAUACAAUAAUAGCUAUCUUUUUGAGAUAACUUAUUGCACAAAGCUUUCAUUUUUCUGACACGAUUUUCUAGGCAGCGCAAAAUUUUGAAGCGCGUCUGAAAAUUUUCUGAGAUAAAAGUUUUGAAACCAUUCUAAAAUUGUUGACGUUUAUUAUUCAAUAGGACAGAGGCAGAAAAACAGAGAGAUUGGUGCUAUUGUUCAAUAAUAUUUUUUUAAGUCGAAAUAUUUACCGAGAUAUAUAGAUAUCUGAGUCGUCAGUAUCUGAUAGAUUAGUCAUUUGGAUCAAUAAGAUUCAAGCAUCUUUCGCUAAAAUGAUAAUCAUUUUUUCGAUACGUACAAAAAUAAAAUUUUUGUUUUUGUCAGUAUUAGAAACUCUGAUGAAUGUAUAAAAUGAUAAAUCAUGGCAGUAUCAUUAUGUAGGUAUAUUACCGAUUGCAUGUAAUAAAACAUUAUUAUUAUUUCUAAUAAUCAAUCUAUAUAAAAUAUCAUUGUUAAAUAUUAAAAGCUUUUGCAAUAGCACUUUUGAUAAAUUUACUUGUUUGGAUAUUCACAUAAUUUUAGGAUAGAAUUUAUCAUACAGUAAGUAUAUAAUUAAUUUUUAUCAUUUAUUCUUUGUCCAUGAUAGCGUGCGGGCAAAAGCUUUUUAAUAUCGAUAAUGAACCUUUAAGUCUCUAAAAAUACACGGCAGCUAUCUUAAUGGAAAGCUUUUAAGAAAAUCGACCAAUUUCUUCAUGAGUUUUUGAGUGCCGUUCAUUACAUAGCAAAGUAUUUUUAACGAAUUUAUCACUUAACAAAGAGGAUCGAAGAAUUUCUAAAUCUUUUUCUCUAACAUUUAUUAUUUUCACAAUAUUUAUUUUAUAUACAUGAAAUUUUAUUAACUAUCACGAUGCUGCAUGCAAUGAAUUAUCGAUUCAUAAUGUCGACCGGCAUGCGAUUGGCUAAUUUUUUAUGGAGCUCAAUUGUCGCAUAUCGUUAGUACUAAUAACACAUAUGAAUAUUCGUAUUGCGAUAGAGAUGUUGCGAGAGAAAAAGCAUUUCAUCAAAAAGAUUUAAUCAACUCUUACAUUACGAAUCCAGUUAAAAGCAUUUAUUAGCACUGUAUGUGUCAUAAUAGACACAAUCAUAUAUAAUGAAAUAUUCGCAUAAAUAUAUUUAUACCAUAUA